AUGGACAAUUAUGUCCAUGUUGAUGAAAAAUGGUUCUUUCUCAAAGCAACCAGGUGCACAUUUUACGGUGUGACUGGUGAAACUCCUCCGCCACGAUCCGUGAAAAACAAGAACUACAUUUUAAAGUGGCGAAACAUCGAUGGGACCACAAUAAACAAUCGUGGUGGGACGGAAAAACUGGAUGCUGGCCGUUUACGGAAAUGGUGCCUGCUGCAAGAACCAGCAUCAAUCGAGAAAAAUGCACAUUGA